GCUGCCUGAUGCGCGAUAGCGAUCCGUCCCUCAUGUAUCAUUUCUACCGACUUUGAUUUCAUAAAAUCAGAACAAAGCAGCUUUUCUGACGGGAUUGUUUCUGAGGCUACCGUACUAGCAAUCCUUCUCCUCCAAAUGCCCGGCUCUGGUCCAUUCGAGGGGCUCUCUGGGCUCGCUAUCAAUUCAACGAUCUCGCAGGACAACUCUUUUGGCCAGACGGCUGAAGAAGACCACCACCUUGCAUCCUUUGGGAAGAGAAUCGCCUCCAAAACUAAAAAUCGUAAAGACCCCGAAGAAAUAUAUUCCCCUAGCCCUCUACCACCACCACCACCACCAUCACCACCACCACAACGACGACAACGACCACUAAGACCACCACUACCGGUGGGGCCCCCGCCUCGCCUGUCAAAAUUCCUCAAGCCAAGAAAGCCACACAAACCGCCUUCCCGACAUCAAUCUUUACCAGCGCAAGUUUUGGGGGCUCCUCUGAAAUCUCACCACAAUAAAAAGGCAGAAGGGAGUGUCUUGACAGGAACCCCCCACCGUGGACCACCUCUCGAACUGGGAGGAGUGGCUCUCCAUAGCCCCAAUACCCCGGCUAGCACCCCCUCCACAGACAACACGGUAGAGGAGCAGGCCCUUGUGGGUGAUGAGGUGGAUAGCGUAGACAAUGCCCCAAAACAGGAAGAGGAGGAAGAGGAGGAAGAAGAGGGAGAAGAGGAAGAGGAUUCCGAUGAUUCUUAUUCUUCGUACGAUUCUUCACCUCGAAAUUAUGAUCCACGACAUCGCCAUGGCGGGACACCACCUAGAAAGGAACAGAAACCUGAGGACCUGGGGCGUCAAUUUCAGGACAAGAUUCAUUGCGUAAUUUACAGAAUUGAAUGUAUACAUUCGGGCCCGAAGAUGUACUUGGAUGCUCCCAAACGAGUUUACGGAGAUAAUUGGACCAGCCACUACCAUCUGACUGGUACCGUUGUUGUACGAGACCUAGCCACUUUCAUAUCCAGUGCAGGCUCCUUGGCUUACUUAAUACUUCGGGAUGUGGAAUGUGAUGGCAACUUGAGGUGGGAUAUGGCAAAAGCCUCCUCCUUACCAGGAAGGUCUAAACUGUUCUGGAAAGAAAGAAUCGCAAUAAUCGAUGAUGACCUUCGGUCCUGCAUCAACGAUCUGGCAUGUUGCGCCCCCAACAGUACUGCUUAUGAAUCAGGGAUCAUGCGACACACGAGUUCUUCUAUCGAGGAUAACGAUAGAGACUUGUACGAGAUGAGGUUCUUCUACCAUCACCGCCAAGCCCUAAAGGCUAGUCUUGAUUCUACCUCAAGCCUCUUGAAACGGCAAGUAGAGGACUUAUUGGACUUACUUCAGGAGACUCACGGGACAACGUACUCCACAGUAGACCAACAUUUAAGUCAAGGGCUUAUCCACCGGGAUCACCUGGAGUCAUUAUAUUGUCCGAACUCGAUAGUUGUAUCGAGAAACGAGGGGCCACUCUCAGCCUAUGUGUUACGUGCUUGGCCAGUAGGUACUUCCGCUCUUACCUUGGACUGCUGGUAUUGGGGGUAUGAUGGCGAAUUUCUACAUCGAAAGCCCACAACCAAACGCGUUUUGCGUCCUUUAAAGAACGUAGUUCAAAUCCGAGAUCUCGAGUUGUUCCCUCUGGAAUUCGCGACGGAGGAAGAAAAGACCACCCUCGAGCUGAGAGGGCAGAAAUUUUGGUCUCUGAGAUACCAGAACCUUGCCUCUUACGAUGGAUGGGAUUUUAAAAGGGAGCAGCACUAUUCAAAUGAAGCUCGGUGCGUGAUUGACUACAAGACAUACCGAAGAUUUCAUCCCAUGGCAAACAUGUUCAGCUUUUCCGUCGAUUCCCUGGCUCCUUUCGACCGCUGGCCUGAACAUAUUUCGCAUGACACUAUUCUGGACAACAAGCUCCUAAUUCUACUCCCGCCUUUCAUACACGGCUUCUUUCUCAAGGAGAAGAAAUGGGUGACACUAUUAGUCGACAGAGUUGGCUCAGUCACAUGGAAUAAAGACGCAUUCGAGCGUCUCGUACUCCCCAAGAAAACCAAAGACUUAGUCAAAGCCCUCGUCAUGGUCCGUACCUCAAAACUAGGCGAGAAACAAGGAAUGAGUAUUCUUGGGAGGGGGAAGCGAGACGAUCUCAUCGCGGGAAAAGGCAACGGUCUCAUCAUGCUACUCCACGGAAGUCCCGGGACAGGCAAGACACUGACAGCCGAGAGUGUCGCCGAGAUAGCAGAAAUGCCUCUGUACAAUGUGACCUGCGGCGACAUAGGCACGAGCGCCGAUGAAGUCGAGAAAUACCUACAGACGGUUCUAGUUUUGGGAAAGGCGUGGAACUGUGUUCUCCUCCUCGACGAAGCUGAUGUUUUUCUCGAGGAACGGAGUAUGUCUGAUUUGGAGAGGAACAGUUUGGUCUCGGUGUUCCUUCGGACAUUGGAAUAUUACGAUGGCAUCCUAAUCCUCACAAGCAACCGCGUUGGAACUUUCGACGAAGCUUUCAAGUCCCGCAUCCAAGUUGCACUUCACUACCCGAAUCUUGACCGUGUUGCCCGAAAGAAGAUCUGGAAGAACUUCUUCGAUAUGAUGGAAGCGGAUGAGGAGAACGUGAACCUGGAUGAGCUGAACAAACACAUGCAGGAGCUGGCGGAUCAGGAUAUGAAUGGACGGGAGAUCAGAAAUUCGCUCACUACGGCGCGGCAGAUCGCACUUUUUCAGAAUGAUACGCUGUCGUGGGAGCAUGUUGAGCAAGCGAUCACGACAUCAAGGGAUUUCAAGAAGUACCUUGGGGCUGUUCAUAAGCAUACGGAUGACCAGUAUGCUCGUGACAACGAACUGCGAUGAAGUCAUUUACUUUUCAAAACAAUCCAUAGUCUUCCUAAUACCCUGUCCUCUGACAUUGGAGGCACAAUCCACUAUGUUUGUGACAUCAAACUACGACGAGGUGGUCAGACUAAGGGUUGCUUUCCCAGACAAUCGGGGAUUAAGGAAGAGAUAUGAAAAAGAACCCUCAUGGACCGGAUGCGCUUGGAAGAAACAACUUGGGCUAAUUGGGAAUCAUAUGUGGCCAUUAUCAUAUUUUGCCAGGCUUGGCAGUGUUCCGCGUGGUAUCAGUACGUAAUCGAUACUAGAAUGGAUUAUUUAGUGAUACAUAGACUAAUACUAGAUCGAUUCCGGAAUGAUUCCCAAGCGAGUUCAGGCUAAGUACCUUACAUAGUAAAUUUAUAUGAGAGGUACAUAGAGAGGGGGUAGCGAGGGAGGGCAAGGGCGGCCGGGGGGUAAGAAACAAGAUAAGGAAUGC